AUGGCAGCUCUUGCAGCAACAGCUGAGCGCUUUGAAUUCCGAGUAAAGUUUUUAUUUGUUUUAAUAUUUUUCCUUUAUGUAGGAUUAUUUUUUAAUUUUUAUUAUACUUUCCAUAUCUCUAAUCUCUGUAGUCAGAGGCAAGGGUCUAGUUCUUUCUUUAGCGCUGACCAACUGUACAUCCAGACUAGCGAUCCGCAGAUAGAACCAACGCCAACAGAUAUAUUUGUUGGUGAAGUAGACGACGAACGUGGACGAGCAAAUGAAAUUGCUCAGAACAGCAGGAAAGGCUCCCAAGAGAGUCAUAGUUUUAAGGAUAUCAAACACUAUAUAUCACGAUAUUUAAGAAAGAAACGACCCGAAGACACCAAAGAUGUAACAAUGAAGGGCAGGAUAAAAAAACAGUGGAAUAAUUUCUCGUUGAAAACGAGUCUUCAUUCUUCUCAAGCAUCGAGUAUCCGGGUGAAGCGACAUGCCAAGCCGCGCAGGCAGAGACACCGGAGACGACACUUGCGAUAUAACGAUGCACCGAGUGUGGAGUUCUUUCCAAUGCUCCAAUCUACUACUGCUACUGGACAUUAUGUUUGGCUAACACCACAUUCCAGAAUAGCAUUUCCUAUUCUUGAAGACUUUUGCCUGUCUGCAAGAAAAUUCUGUGUUUUAAAUUUUCCAAGACCCACUACAUAUUCAGGAAAAAGGGGACUUUCUGAAAAACAAAGACUACAAAAGCCUCAGGACGUAUAUGGAAUUACAGCAUCAAAUACACCAAAAGCUCUUCCGGAUCUUCAAGGAAAGAAAGGAGAAUCUGGAACGCCCGUACCACCUAAAAUUGUGGAUAUCGAGAAUACAUCCAUCUUAGAAGUCCAUGAGGGAGAUAAUGUGUACCUCCAGUGUUUAGCCUCUGGAAAUCCUGUUCCGAAACUUAUCUGGAAAAGAGAAGACUCCGAGUUUAUAGUGUUAGGAAAUAUUAAAUUGAAGAUGGUUGAAGGAGACCAUCUGAAUAUCAUCAGGGCAACUCGUUAUGACAUGGGGUCUUACCUGUGUGUAGCAUCGAACGGUGUGGCCCCUCCCGAUUCCAAAAAAAUACAGUUGGAAAUUACAUUCUCCCCUGUGGUCAAAAUAAUGAAUCCUAUGGUCGGAGUGCGAAUACGAAAUUUCGCAGUUUUUGAGUGUUAUGUUGAAGCUUUUCCUCGGCCGAUGAAUUACUGGCUUUACGGUGGUACCAAAUUCUUAGACCCAAGUUGGAAGUACAAUAUCACAGAAGUCAUCAAUCACUUUAGUUACAAGAUGAUACUAAAUAUUACGUAUGCCGAGCGUCAAGACUUGGGAAUCUACAAGUGUGUCAGCAGAAAUCUCAAAGGACUAGCCCAUGGAAUGCUAACAUUGUAUGAAAUUGAUCAUGUUACAGAAGAACCGAAAGGAAAACACACAUUGAACAAGAAAGCAGAAAACUUGUCCACGGUAAAUGUGACUAGUAAUGACAGUCGCUUCAAUGAUUCUUACUGGUGGGUUCUACAGCCAAGAGUUAAAGAUUGCUUGUUGUACAAGGUUGGAAAACCAGUUUUUCAACGAUUUUCUAAUUCUACGUGGGGCUGCUGGAUGAAAGAUGCUGCACCAUCAAAUGUUGAACAAGCAAAUAAAUACUGGUUAACGUUACAGAAUAAAAAGAACACUUUGUAUGAGUUCACAAACAAAGAUUUUUUCCGCAACAACAGCUACACAAAAUCGUACACACUUCCUUAUGCACUCACAGGUAAUAAUCACGUAGUUUUUAACGGUUCUUUUUACUACAACCGAGAGGGAACAAACAGCUUAGUCAGGUUUAAUUUAUUAACAGCGACCAACUCAACAGUUCAAAUCCCUCACGCUGCUUACAAGGAUGGUCAUUACCUCUAUUCUUCACAGCACAGUUACAUGGAUCUAGCUGCUGAUGAAAAUGGAAUGUGGAUCAUUUUUGCAGGAAAUAAUACCAAAAAUACUCUAGUUCUUAAGUACCAUCCAUACACGCUUCAGACAGAAAAAAUGUGGAACCUUACUCUAGACCAUCGUGGGAUUGGCGAGACCUUUAUUGCAUGUGGCGUUCUAUAUGCUAUCAGUAGUGUUACCGCUCUCAAAACACGAAUUUCCUAUGCCUACGACUUGUACUGCAACAAAACCCUCGACAUAAAUUUGGACUUUAUCAACCCUUUCGGAAGAACCACAAUGGUCAGCUACAACGCCAAGGAAGAAGUAAUCUAUACAUGGGAUAGAGGAAACCAGCUACUCUAUCCAGUGAGAUUCGCUACCACGAACAUGGCCAAAUCUGAUCUCAAAAGAAACAAAAAAUAUUCAAGAACCUAAGUUAUUAUAAUUACGUUAUCUAAAAAACACGUUAAUAAAAUGGACAUUGAAUGAAAACACUUUUAAAAAUUAAACUGACAAUAUUAAAAUAGUUCAGGGAUAUUUCAUCUUUUUUCAUUACAGUUUAUGGUUUUAUACAGUUAUUGAAGUUAUUCCUUUAAUAUGAAUUGAUUUAAUGAAAUAAUUUCUACGAAUAUCAAUUGAAGCAUGAUCAAGUCUAACAGCAAAUUCCGUAGUUUAUGAUAUUGUUCCUUCACAUGUAGAUAUUAUAAAGCAAGCUGGAUUAUAUUUCAAGGAAAGAAUAGCUGUAAUGAAAAUUUGAAUGUCUUUAAUUCUGUAAAUCUCGUGCCUUUAAAGUACCUAAACAUUAUAACUGAAGAAACAGAUCUAAAAUACAAAACUCUAGAUAUACAAUAUUAUUGAAUUAUCAUAUCAAAAUAAACUGAUAAUGGUAACCUGUAGCAUCACAAAUGUUCUCGAUAUGUUGCUCACCAAUCAGGUUUGUAGUUGGUGAGUAAUGCAUAAAACGUUUGUGAUGUUACAGCUCAACACUUUGCGUGUAGUUUCAUGUGAAGUGCAUUUAGUAACUUUUAUAAAACGAUUACUCUUUUCUUAUUUUACGGUUUAACUUAUCUUAUUGCCAUCCUUUUAAUUAUUAAAGUGUAGUAUGCAUUUUUUGGUACAGAUGUAUUUUUUUUUUACUAAAAUGUUGACACAGAGCUAGAAAAUGUUGACUGAUUUUCAACAUAACAACAACAA